ACACCGAGCAUCGCCGUGUGAGCAUCAUCAUCAUCAGCAACCCGAGCAAUAUGCAACUAAACUCCUCAUCGUUUCAUCCUCAUCAUUUUACUUGCGACACGACCAGAUACUCCGAAGAGCAAGUUGCAUGCAUUUGUGAAGCAUUGUCAAAUGAUGCGAGGAAGUUGUCUCAAUUUGUUUGGACUGUGCUGGAACGAGAUGAGAUGAGAAACAAUCAGUAUAUUCUAAAAGCUCAAGCUUUUUUGGCGUUUCACUCAAAUAACUUUAAAGAACUAUACCGCAUAAUCGAAUCUCAUCAUUUUGCAUCUGAGCAUCACUUGCCUCUCCAAGAGUGGUGGCUCAAUGCUCAUUACCACGAAGCUGAAAAAAUCCGCGGACGCCAACUUGGAGCUGUUGGAAAAUACAGGAUUCGAAGGAAAUAUCCACUUCCAAGAACUAUUUGGGAUGGCGAGGAGACUAGUUAUUGUUUUAGAGAUAAAUCUCGAGUACUUCUUCGUGACUGGUAUUGCCGGAAUUCAUAUCCAAGUCCAAGAGAGAAAAGGGAGUUGGCUGAAAAGACACAUCUGACAGUGACCCAAGUAUCUAAUUGGUUUAAGAAUAGAAGGCAAAGGGAUAGAGCUGGAGUUCCUGAGCCAAAAGAUUGUCUGAAAGAUAUUAGUGAAGAAGAAGAUCUGAAAUUAAUUCGGAAAACUGCAUCAAAACUUUCCAAUUCAUUCCAUAAUCCAUCAGAUUUGUCUUCCUACUCUGCUGCAGCUGCCGCCGCAACAUUUCCCGGUUUUUAUAUGAAUUACAAUGAUAUGAUGAUUGGCGCUGGUACCUCUUAUCAAUCUUUAUAAUGUUUAUUUUCUAUGUAAUUUCUAAUAAAGUCCCUCAAUAAAAU